AAUCGCCAUCUUGAUUUGUGAAAUCAAGUAAAAUGUGUAGUUCCUGUGUGCAAUACUUAAAUAUUACUUGAACUACGAAUCGUUUUAAACUUUGGGUAAUAAACAAAUAAAGGAUCGCUGAUUAAUUGUGUUUAAGCACAUCAAUAUGGAUCCGCCGCUGGAUGCGGCAUUAGUGGCGCAAUCCAUAAACUACCAUGGACAGCAAUUACAAAAAACGUGGGAGGCCGAGCGAGGUGAAGAGGAUUUGGCGAAGAUAGGCGUUGGACCGCUAGAUUUUGCUGUGUACCAAUCCAGGCAUAAACAUCUUACCUUCCAAGACCGUAGUAAACGGUUAAAGCUCCAUCAAUUCAUUGCUAAGGAAGCUAAUGUCUUGUUUGAUGCUACGGUAAUGGAAGAUACUCCAUCUUCGUCAAGCUUGGGAGCUGAAGCGAUAACUCCAGAAGACAACUUAUAUGCACUGAUGCCGCCAUUUGAAACCUUUUUAAAUGUGGACAAAUCAGCAAGAUUGAGACAUUUUUUUGAUAAUGUGAAGACUGGAGAGUUAAUCAUUGGAGCGGUGAUCAACAGAACUGCAUCAGGAAUGAUGUUGAAGGUGCUAUGUACAGCUGGGCCCACAUCCAGAUAUGUUGCUGAUAUCAAUGUUAAGGCAUUUUUACCCGUGGGAAAUAUCAUACCAGCAGUGGACAAGAAAAAUGUGUCAAGAAACUACCUUAUGAAUGACACAGUUUGCUGCGAAGUUAUUGAAGUCAUUCCUGACACUGACAAAAUGGUUUGCGGCAUGAAGGGCAUCACUCGGGGGCCCGACGACCCUCCGCCUAAGCCGCCCCUCGGACUCCUCAGCACUGACGACUUUCCGCUCGUCUACAAGAAAACUAUGGAAAUGAAGGGAGAAAGCUAUGAAGCCAUUUUGGAGAAGAGCCCAGGCUUCAAUAACCCAAACUGCGUCCAAUACCUCUCUGAACUCCUUGGAAUCUCUAACAUGCAUUGCACCAAUAUUGCAUCAUUGAGAGGAGGAUUUGCGUUGACUGAUUAUGCAGAUGAACUACGUCAAGCACAAGCCAGUAAAUGGGCAUUCCGGUCGGUAGCUGAAGGGAUAGAACAUUUUAAAGCUGGAAGACAUUCAGAAGCAUUCCAGUGCCUAAAUAAAGCUUUAAGUAUAGAUCCUAGAAAUGUUGAAGGUCUUGUUGCAAGAGGUGCUCUUUAUGCCAACAGUGGAACAUUUAAGAAGGCAAUUGAAGACUUUGAAACCUCCUUGAAACUUAACCCAAACCAUGCUAAUGCUCGAAAGUAUUUAGGGGAAACAUUGGUAGCACUCGGACGUAGCUAUGAAGAUGAGAAUAAAAUAGCAGAAGCACAGAAAGCCUAUGAAGAUUGCUUAGCAAUAAUACCGUUUCAUGAGGAGGCUCAGAAUUCGUUAGAUUUCCUUAAGAGCAAAACAUCUACAGUAAAACCUUUGAUAGAGCCUGAUGAGCUACUUUUGCCUGGAUUGACAGGAGCUAAAUCAUUUGAGAUGAAAGAGACACUGAAACAGUUGCUGAAUUUGACAGAGAAGAAGGACAAAAAGAAGAAGAAAAAGCGAGGGAAGGGAAAGAAGAAGAGAUCUAGCAGCUCAUCUUCAUCAUCAAGUGAUUCUUCUAGUUCUAGUUCUUCGUCUGAAUCAUCUUCCACAUCAUCAGAUUCUAGUGAGUCGGAAGGACCUAAUCGCAAGAAGAAACGUCGCUCACAUUCCAACAACAAGCGGCAACGUUCGCUAUCACCGCUCAGCAAACGCAUGGCUAUGCUGGGAGACGCUGACUCGGCGUCGCGAACCCACAACUCGCAGUUCAACCACCCUUACGGUUACCAGCCGCCGCCACCCAUCGAAGAGCCGAACAGUGCGCCAAUGCGCUCGCAGGCAGAUAUCGAUUACGAGUUAAAGGUACGAAAGUUCUUAGAAAUGACCAAAGAAGAUUCGGACUAUGAAGAGAAAGUUCGUCACUUUUUGGAAGAGACAGCUCAAUAUAAGCGCAACCGUAAGAUGCAAGAGCUCGGCCAACAGACGCAACCCGGUGCUGAUCAUGAUAAGAAGAAAAAGAAAAAGAAGGAUAAGAAAAAGAAAAAGGAAUCAAAACGUAAGCGCAAAGAGGCAGAAAGAGAAGAGAAGAGAAAGUCAAAAUUAUCUCGCAUGAGCAACAAUGCCGAGUACACGCUCCGUGACUUAGAAAAUAUAGGCGAUAAGAAAUUAAGGGAUGCUAUUAGGAAAGAACUAAAAGGAAAAUCCAAGAGGGAUCUAAGUUCUGAAGGCGAAUAUGAGCGGAAGCACGAAAAGAGCCGGAUACUAGACGAAAUGCACGGACUUGAAGAGCUGGAGUCCAAGCUUAGCGCAUACCAUGUUAUGGUAGAGAAAGAAGUGUUAGGAAAACGCGAUGGACGCGGUUCCGUUAGUCCCAUCGACCAAGCGCCGCCGCUGCCACUCGAGAAGCCGAAGUGGAAAAUGUCAAUGAGCGCUGUCAAAGAACCUAGGGUAAAGAAGAAAGAAUCAGCGGUACCGAAGGGAUACAAAGAGCGCUAUGCAUUUGAAGAUAGUUCUGAUGAUUCCCAGGAACACCCCAAGCCUUCGCCUGGUGAUAAGAACGUGUCAGUUCGUCGUGCCAUGGCUAUGAAAGAGCCGCCGCCUUUGCCCAGUGCGCCGCCGCCAAAGACGAGCCGCGAACCCGACCCACCCGGCACUGAGCUGCACGCUGCGCAUUCGCACCAGCAACACCCGCAUGCACCGCCGGUCCGCAAAGGCAACAUAGUGCUAGACAAGUUCGGCUCGUUCCGCCUGGCGCAAGAGGGUGAAACGCCCGUGUCAGUGGGAGAUGGUCGACCGGAGCAGUUCGUGACUCGAAUCAAGCCGCCCACGCCCUCCGGACGCAGGCCGCGGUCCCCGCCCUCACCGCGCAGACAUUCCUCCAACUCCUCGGAUGAUGCACGACGAUCACCGAAGCGAUCAAGAAGCAGGUCUCGCCCACGCAAAUAUCGUUUCCGCUCGGGAUCUCGUUCGGCUUCACGUUCUGUGUCCAGCGCGAGCGGCUCCGUGGCGUCACGCAGACGUCGCUCCGCAUCGCCCCGCUCGCGGUCACGUUCUGACGCCAGCCGGUCGUACUACUCGCGCAGUCGAUCACGUUCCCGUUCUAUGUCCAGAGAAAGAAUGCGACGCAGUAACCGCCGUGGCAACUGGCGCGGUCGUGGCGGCUUCGAACGAGGCACCUACUACAGGCCGCGCUUCCAUACCUACAAUGGCGGCGGCAACCGUGGACGAGGCCGUGGCGACUUCCGGCGCGACGACGGCCGCCGCUUUCAGCACGAGUGGCGCGACAAUCGCUCCCGAGGCGGGCGACCCUUCCGGCCCAGGCGGGGCGGGGGGGGUAGAGGACGUCCCUUCAGAGGUGGAUUCCGUGACUUCCGCGAUCGCCGCUUCGGUCGCUACUCGCGUUCACGAAGCCCUGACAGAACUCGCAGGUCCAGAUCGUACAGCCCGGAGAGAAGGGAGAAGGAAAGGGACAGCUACUCUCGUUGUUCCGAACGCAACAGCCACCGCAGUGAAGGGGAGUACGAGGAAGAGCGGUACGUGGACAGAAAGGAGUACGACGGCAAGUGGGCUGACGGCAACGAGCCAGAGAGAAACCACCCCGAAGAGAAACCAGAGGAACCACCCCCAAAGGAAUAGAUUACACGCCCGAGGACAUCGCACACCACCGCCAUCACUAGUUCCCGUAGCUUAAGUUUAGUAAUAUCGACCUCCUUAGUACCAAACCUGUGAUUACUGUAUACCGAUUCUAACAAUUGUUACUUUGUAGUUGAAGGUCCCAUCUUGAAGAAGCGAUUAUGUACGGGUAGUUCCUAUUCAAUCUAUAAAGCAACGCCAUCUGACAUAACGAAUGAACCUUUGGUCUUUUUUGUGAAAAAGGCUUCCAUUAAUGCUUUUGUUUUUUCAAACGGUUCAAUUCAGGACUAUCAGUUAAGAUGCCAAUAAGAAUUUCAGCCAAUCCAAAGGGUUUGCUGUUAUUACACUGGUUGCAUCAUGGUUUGGUACUAGGGCUGCAGUUUUAUGAUUAGGGUGCUUUCUAACCACUAUUAUUGAUUAGUUUUGUAAAUAUUAGAUACGAAAAUAUGUAACAUAUUUUCAUUUAUUUCUUUAUCCAAUAAAUAAUAAUGCAAUUUUUUGUUCACAUUUCUUUUUGUACCUUCUUAUUGUGCAAUGUCACCUUAUUAAUUGUUCUUAAAUUAAAUUCAUUUAGAUGAUAGUGAUUAAUCCAAAAACCAUUCCGCGUUUUAGUUAUUAAUUUCAAGUUUUACACUUGUGGAUUUUCGUGUGACUAUUCAAAUAAAUCUUCCAAAAGGAAA